UCCACCCCCUGAACACACACACACACACACACACACGCGGAACAAACGGUGUCAAUUUCCACGUCACAGGACCAACAUCUUCUCGGUUUGUGUCCGUUUCAAUUACCGAUUCAGUCCGUGCUACCGUGGUCCCGCGCAGCCUACCACGUGCACGAGCGGCUUGCGCGCGCGCCGGCGGUCCGGGAGCGCGCACGGAGGCGGUCCGGGGCUGGCUCCGUUUUUUUUCUUCUUCUUCUGGAAUCGCUUCUCUGCCGCCGCCGCUGCUACCUCCAGUUAAAUAGCGAGGACACGGGAGCGAGCAGGCAGGCCGUGAGAGAGGAGAUACUUUUCUUUCCCCCCCCUCCCGGUUACCCUUUUUUGGGGGAUUACGACGCGGAACUGCAGCAUCGACGGCCAGCCGCCAGGUAAACGCGACACACGCCUUUUUUUUAUUUUUCGCACACCGCUCGUGGAUGCGUCGAUAAAGGCCCCACGAUGUCCACCGAAGUGCAGCGACCGGACGACAGCCCCAGCACCAGCGGGGGGAGCUCCGACAUCGAACAAAGGGAAUCGGUACCUCACGAGCGGGAGAAGGCGCAGCCCAAAAAGAAGGAGACCAAGAUCUCGAGUAAAACCGCCGCGAAACUUUCAACUAGUGCCAAGAGGAUUCAGAAAGAGCUUGCGGAAAUCACACUCGACCCACCUCCGAACUGCAGGUUGGCUCUCACAAAGGAUUUAGCUGGAGGACACGACGCCGGCCCCAAAGGAGACAACAUCUACGAGUGGAGGUCGACCAUCCUGGGACCCCCGGGCUCCGUGUACGAGGGAGGAGUCUUCUUCCUGGACAUCGCCUUCACCCCCGACUACCCCUUCAAACCCCCCAAGGUGACCUUCCGCACCAGGAUCUACCACUGCAACAUCAACAGCCAGGGCGUGAUCUGUCUGGACAUCCUGAAGGACAACUGGAGUCCGGCGCUCACCGUCUCCAAGGUGCUGCUGUCCAUCUGCUCCCUGCUCACAGACUGCAACCCCGCCGACCCCCUGGUGGGAAGCAUCGCCACACAGUACCUGACCAACAGAACGGAGCACGACCGGAUAGCCAAACAGUGGACCAAGAGAUACGCCACAUAGACCCGCAGCCAUCGCCUCCUUCACCUCCCCCCGGCCCCUCCCAUGUCACUGUACCUCUCUCUACCUCUCUCUCUCACCCGUGAGGCCUUCACACAGCAGGGGGCGUGACGUACACCAACGACGCAGAAACGCGACACUCGCGUGCAAAAAAAUACGUUGCAUAAAAACUCCUCGGUUGCAACACUUUUCCAGUAAAAAGGUUCUCAUAGAUUCACGCAGGCAGUCGACCAACGACCAGGACCCUAUUGAUCGAUGGUCCUAUUGAUCACUGAUCCUAUUGAUCGCUGGUCCUAUUGAUCUCUUAUCCUAAUGAUCGCUGAUCCUAUCGUCUGAGGUUGAACUGUCGCGUGGCCUGCACUACUGUCGGCUGGCUUUUUCAGUUUCCUUUCUUUUAGACUUCAUUUUGAGUUCCCUCUGGCAAACCAUUACACUUUAAAUGCCUCGGGCUUUUAUUGUGAAAGGUAGAAACGAAAGAAGUGGAUCUGGUGGUGUCUUAAAGUUCUUGGAAAAAGAUGACAAUACUUUUUUUCCCCGCCAUCAUUUAAUAUUCGUGUUCUGCGUGAAAAUACUAAACGGUUUGCAAAAAUAGCGACUAUUUUCACGUGCCAAUUAAUCGCACACCAAAAAAUAAAAUGCCCCCCCCCCCCCCCCCGGUGUGUGCAGGCCUUCAGUCUGUCAAAGCACACUCACUAAGUGCAACAGUAAUCCUGCCCUCCUCCUCCUCCUAUCACCUUCCUCCUCUUCCUCCUCCACCUCAACAUUGUAUCUACCUUUUCUGUGUUUAGGAGAAAGAAAAAAGAAUCAAUGAAGACAUGUCCUUUUUGUUCCUUGUUGACUUGAAAGAUUCUUUCUUUUUUUAUAUACAAAGAGGAGAUUGGGAUUUUUUUAUUUUCCAAUAUCUGAAUGUUGGAAGUAUUGUAUUGGAGAAAAAAAAGGAAGAAGAAGAAAAACACAGCAUAUUAUAAAUAUCAUACGCAUUUCAGCUAGUAUGUAUUCUCAUUUCUCUUAGUGGCACCUGGAACAAACAUGCAGAAUAUUAUGCUUUUACUUUUCCUUUUUUGUCAUCAAUAUGUUAUCUGCAUGGAAUGGGAAGGUUUGCGUCAAUGGAUCCUUCAUGCUUUUUAAACUUCCUCUGAUUUUGUUUGUACUGUAUGUAUUUUUUCAAAGGCUUUUGAGGCAGACCGCAAAAGUAUAGGUCUGCCUGUGAAAGAGGCAGGACUUGUAUAUUUACUGGCUACCCGCCACCUCUGCAAUUGCAGAGUGGUUUGUUGUGCACUUGUAUUACUGAAGCACCCAAUAAAACACACUGUGGUUGGCUUGUGAGGAGAAGAAGAAAGAAUGAAAACACA